UUGGAGUAAUGAAUUUUAAUAUCAUGCUACCUACAUCGAAAAGAUGACAUCUGGCAACACAGUAGUCAUCAUUCUAAUUCUUGCAAUAAUGGGCAAAGAGGCCCAUUGUAAUUAUGCAGGAGUCCGUGCAUAUGAUUCCUACGCUGCAAAAGGAUUGGUAUGGAACAAGAUGGCGACGGUGUGCAUGAGGCGUGAUGUUGUUAUCAAGUAUACGAUCAAAUACAACUCUAACAGAGGCUGUUGUCCGAAAUUACUUCUAUAUAGCGAUGAACAAUAUCAAAGAAUUAUCUUCCUAAAAGCAUUGCAAAUCUUAAGAGAAAAUGAAAUCGCUAAGAAGACGGGAAGGCAUGAAAUUGCAACCCCUCUUUCAAAUCCGACGAUUAUCCGAUUUGCAAAUGGUAACAUAUCACAAACAAGUUACCCAGGGCGCAGACGACGCAGUGCCAAAAAAUUUCUCGUCGAAUACAAAUUUUCAGAAAAUGAUCAUCUUACUCAAAAGUCUUCCUAUAAUGCACAUACGAAUCCUGUUCAUAAAAGGUUCAGAAUUAAAACAAAACGUGCAAAAGGCAUUGAAAAACAUUAUGACAAGUUUUUGACCGGUAUUCAUGGCAACUCGAUAAAUUAUAAUGAACCUUUGAAAGAUUCGUUUCCAUUUUUUCCAAAAAACAAUCGCUGGAAACGUGAUGUUGCCAAGAAAGAUACCAGCAUAACAUAUAACGAUGUUAUUGAAAAACUUUAUUUUGACAACACCGCCCUAAUGAAAGAAGCAGAAAAAAGAGUGAGAGAAGUCCGAUCCUGUAACAUGGCUAAUCGUGAAUUAACUCAAGUUUUGGACAAAACACAGAUAAUUCAGUUAUGUCCAAAAGCCGGAAUAUCAAUCGAUCCAUCAGCACGAGCUUCCAAAAUUUGUGGACAAACGAUACGGCCUCCAUCAAAAGUUUUCUUACCAAAUCUAACAGCGACACAGUCGUGGUAUGGUUAUUCAGAGAAAACUAGUGGAAAUAAGAACUUCCGGUAUUAUCAAGAUAAUACCUGGCAUUUGGUAUUACUGAAUUGCCCGGGAAGUCCACCAUUGAAUAUUACCUAUGUUAUAGAAUUUAAUGUUGUGCAAAACGUUGGAAAGAAGCUAACUGAUCCUAAUUAUGUCGAUCCUUUGUUAGAUAAAGUUUGCGAAACUACAGUUCUUCCAGCAUAUUCUAUUCAAGACGGUAUUCUUUAUGGUUCGUCAUCUUUUAAAGUUUCGUAUUCUCCGAUUAGUGUUUUUGCAUUAUUUUUUACCACGUUAUUUUUCUUCUGAGGAUUUUAUCUCUUGUACAUUUUUAUAAUAAAGAGUCGU